AUGUCUUGGCUCGCGGGGCAGAAGGACGAAGAUGAUGAAUAUGACAACCUGGGCGUCGAUUGGGUGCUGCAGUAUGAGUUUGGCGAGAUCGACCAAGCACAAGCCAUCACCGAGUUCCGAACCCUCAUCCACGAUUUGAGUGAAGCUGGUCUUCGGGUCCAGGUACGCCACGGCCACGGCUCUGCCCUAUUGGUGUGUAUUCGGGUACCGCGGGACCACCUAGGGAAUUUAGUACACCAGUCGAGAAUUAAAGAUUGGCUGUUCGGAAUUACACACACGUUACCGGAUGGCGAUGAGACGGCAAUUGCGGACGCCGAAACCCCUUCCGAGGAAAUCCGCUCGGUUUACCACGCUGUCACCUGGCAAAAGAAGAUCGGUGGUGCUGGGAUCACGCCAGGUUUCGGGAAAUGGGAACGGGUCACUGCCUCCUUCCCAUUGCAUGAUCAAGAGGCCUGUAGGGACAUGCUGCGGAAAUGGAGUCGGAAGACUGUCUUGACAAUUCAAGAUCUGGAUGCGAUUCGUGCUCUCUUUGGCGAAAAGGUCGCUUUCUACUACGCAUUCAUUCACUGCUAUUCGCUAUUCCUCGUCGUACCCGCGGCGCUAGGCAUUGUUGGAUGGGCAUACUUGGGACCGUAUUCCAUCGUUUACGGAACUGUGCUAUGCGCCUGGUGCAUUAUAUUCGUCGAGUACUGGAAGGUCCGCGAGGCCGAUUUGAGUCAACGAUGGGAUGUCAAGGGUGUUGGCAGAUUAAAGGUCAACCGGAAGCAGUACGUCUGGGAGAAGGAGGUCAAAGAUCCCAUCAGUGGACAAAUCAAACACGUCUUCCCAGGCUGGAAGCAGUUCUCGCGACAAUUGCUCUUGGUUCCAUUCGCGUCAGUCGCGAGUGUGGCCCUUGGAGCCUUGAUUGUCGCAUCUUUUGCAUCGGAAGUGUUUAUCUCUGAGGUGUAUGAUGGCCCAUUCAAGAGCUAUCUCGAAUUCGUGCCGACCAUUCUCUUCUCGCUCUCAUUACCUGCUAUCACCUCGUUCCUCACCAACAUCGCGACUCGCCUGACCGAUUACGAGAACUACCGAACGCAGGACCAAUACGAUCUUGCGCAAACUCAGAAGACUUUUGUGAUGAAUUUUAUCACGUCCUUCCUACCGACGAUACUGACGGCCUACGUCUACGUUCCAUUUGGCAGCUCGAUUGUCCCACACUUGGACAUCCUCCGAAUGACAGGGUACAAGGCCGACCUGCUCAGUGGACAGAAAGAGUUUGAAGUAGACACAAGCCGUUUCCAGCAGGAGGUUAUCUAUCUUUCGAUGACCGCGCAGGUUUUGAGCUUUGGCGAGGAGAUUGUUCUGCCAUACGUGAAGCAUAUCUUAUGGCAGAAAUGGCGCAACUACCGCGACCGCAAGGCAGAAUUCGGGCGCAAGCGAAGUUAUUCCAAGGCCACCGAUCUUUUGUUGAUCGACCCGCCAGAUGAGGCGGCCUUCCUGACCCGGCUGCGUAGUGAGGCUGACGCGGAAGAGUACCACGUCGAAGAAGAUAUCCUUGAAAUGUGUGUGCAAUUCGGAUAUCUAGCAUUGUUCGGAGUCGCCUGGCCACUUGUCCCAUUGGGCUUCUUGUUGAACAAUUGGCUCGAAUUGCGAGGUGACUUCUUCAAGCUUACCCUGGAAUGCCAGCGCCCGCCCCCAAUCCGAGCGGACUCCAUUGGUCCCUGUCUGCUGGGCCUAGAUUUCAUGGCAUGGCUGGGCACUCUCUCGACUGCAGCGAUUGUACACGUCUACCGGGGGCCGAUCCACGAGGUGCGUCUGUCAUCAUUGCUGUUAACCGUUUUCAUCGCAGAGCAAGCGUAUCUGGGUAUGCGUUUCACAGCCUCCGUGGCCCUCGAGAAGAUCUUCUCUGAUACCAUCCGACGGGAAGAGGCACGUCGGUACGCUGUUCGCCAGAGCUAUUUCGCUGCGAGCUUGGCGAGAUCUGGAUCGCCUAGCUCUGGCUCUCGGGGCUCACCCAAUGGCCGAACUCGCCAGCGCGUGCGUUUUAACGAGCGGGUAAAUGUAUACGGCUCCACUGAAAAGGAGCCUUCCCCCGACGGCACACCCUCUCCUACGAAAGAGGUGCCUGAAGAUGCUGUCCUUCGCGGAUCCGACCGUGAGGCCGAGUUCUGGAGUGGACAGUCCCGCGAUAUGGCGGCAGACACAGGCGUCAAGCUGAUUCGAGCUCUCACAUCUAAAGCAGGGGAUGAUUUGAAGCAGUCAAAAGAGGCAUAG